UCGACCGCUGCGUUAGCUUUGAAAUCUCCGCUUCAGUCGUGCUAAGAUGGACGGCGGAGCGUACGGCGGUGGAAAGGCCGGGGCCCCUUUCGAUCCGAUCGCGUUCGUUCAGAGGCCGCAGGUCAUUCUGAGAGCGGUAUGCCUGCUUUUUGCAAUAAUUGUUUUUGGAUGUAUAAGCAGCAAGGGCUAUCUUCCAGACAAAGAUGGCAAGGAAGUUUGUCUUUACAAUAACGAUAAUAACGCAUGCAAUUAUGGGAUUGGUAUUGGAGUACUGGCAUUUUUGGCCAGUAUCGGAUUCCUUGUGGGUGAAUACCUGUUUGAACAAAUGUCAUCUGUCAAAACUAGGAAACAUUUUGUCCUUAUAGAUUUGGGUUUUUCGGGCUUCUGGUCUUUCCUGUACUUCGUGGGAUUCUGUUACUUGACAAAUGCGUGGAAUAAAUCUGAGAGACCACCGGAUGGAUAUGGUGUGAAUAAUUUACAAGCAGCUAUCGCAUUCUCAUUUUUCUCCAUCUUCACUUGGGCUGCUUCUGCUUGGUUCGCGUUUCAAAGAUUUAAACAAGGCACUGAUGCAGCAUUCGCUCCGAGUUACGAAGCAGAUCCUGUUGGUGGUACAGGAUAUACAAGUUAUCCCGACGCUACUGAUACUGCUUAUCAAGAACCCCCGUUCGGUCAACAACAACAGCGGGGUAUGGGUGACUUUCAAGCCCCUGCUUAUUAAAAGUCAUCCAUAGUCAAUACCAAAAUGUAUUUCCAUUGGAUGCACAGCGAGCUACUUACGAAAGAAGACAAUUUAGGAUAAUUUUUCAGAACAAGAUAUAUUGUUUCCAUCACCUAUUUUGCUUAAAGACUAAAGAAGAACUUCAUUCGCUGAUAGGUCGCUGGGCAGCGCGUUGGUCAUAGAGUAAGUUUUCAUGGCAAAGAUGUAGAAGGAAGUUAUUUGUUAAACUGUGCUUCUUAUUGUUGAUCACUUGUAAGUUACACUUAUAUCCAUAUGCCCAAUGUCACAAAAAGCGUUAGGCGUGUUUGAGAUACGUCAUAUACGCUUAAACAUACAUUAUAAUGGUGGCCGCUCUCUCUCUCUGACCAUCUUAUGGAAGUAAAUAUGAUAUCUUAUAAUGAAUAACUAUAGCAACUCCAUAAUAAGUAAGAACUAGUAUGUGCACAGGCUAUGUAUAUUUUAACGUUGUAACGUGUUCAUAGUAAACGCGACUUAAAUGUAACAGUAAUACAAUUUAUUGCAUUAUUAUGCAAUUAGUAAUAAACGAGAUACGUGAAAUUUAGGAUUGAAAUCAAUAAGUCAACACAUAUGUUUUAUAUUAGUGAGACAAUACCUAAGUUACUUAAGUUGUUUACUCAUAUCAGUUGUGUGAACAUAAUGAAAUAUUCCUUAUAUAAUAGUAUUAGUAAAUGUAUUUGCACUAAAAUGAUGAAAUAGCAAACAAAAGUUUCUAUUAACA